AUGGAGGUCGUUCAGGAUAACAUCUCAGCGAACGAGGCUGUUCGGAAAUCUGCCAAACGAACGCACGAACUAUUUGGCUCCGAUUAUCUCUUCCCCGUCACGUCCAUAUCCUCGGAAUCUAUUGGAGUCUCAUACCGGCGGAAAAAAGAAUACGGAGAUGUGCAGACGUUACCUCCAUCUCUAGCAGAGAAGCAGGCAAAAGCAGCUACAGCACGAGGGAAACGCACUAAAAUAAAACCAGAACCAGGCACCUCAACCGCGCUGGUGAAAAGUUCUGCUCCAGCUAGUGCGCAGUCAAGCGGAGAUGGUGCCCCUACGAGUCUCAUAAAACGACUGGAUAUCUCCCAGCAACCGAAGCCGGACUGGCACGCGCCAUGGAAAUUGAUGCGAGUAAUUUCGGGCCAUCUGGGAUGGGUUCGAAGCCUGGCAGUAGAACCCAACAACCAGUGGUUUGCCAGUGGUGCAGGAGACCGGACCAUUAAAAUCUGGGAUUUGGCUACAGGUACCUUGAGACUCACUUUGACCGGUCAUAUAUCUACAGUCAGAGGCCUGGCAGUUUCUCCAAGGCACCCAUAUCUAUUUUCCUGCGGAGAAGACAAGAUGGUCAAGUGCUGGGACCUCGAAACGAAUAAGGUUAUUCGACACUACCAUGGGCAUCUCAGUGGCGUUUACACUCUUUCCUUACAUCCUACAUUAGAUGUACUGGUAACGGGAGGUAGAGACGGUGUUGCGCGUGUUUGGGAUAUGCGUACUCGAAGCAACAUUCACGUCCUCAGCGGCCACAAAGGCACAGUCUCAGAUGUGAAGUGUCAAGAAGCAGACCCGCAAGUUAUUUCCUCCUCCCUUGAUGCAACAGUACGAUUAUGGGAUCUGGCCGCUGGUAAGACCAUGGGUGUCUUAACACAUCACAAGAAAGGUGUUAGAGCACUCACUACACAUCCAAAGGAGUUUACGUUUGCCAGUGCUAGUGCUGGGAGCAUAAAGCAAUGGAAAUGCCCUGAGGGCGCAUUUAUGCAGAACUUUGAAGGCCAGAAUGCUAUCAUUAACACACUUGCUGUAAAUGAGGACAACGUUCUUUUCUCCGGCGGCGAUAACGGUUCCAUGUCUUUCUGGGACUGGAAGUCAGGUUAUCGAUUCCAAUCUCUAGACACAAUCGCCCAGCCUGGUUCUCUAGAUGCUGAAGCCGGCGUUAUGGCUUCUACGUUCGACAAGACAGGCCUGAGAUUGAUUUGCGGAGAGGCAGAUAAGACCAUCAAGAUCUGGAAACCUGAUGAUGAAGCUACCCCUGAGACACACCCCCUGGAUUGGAAACCAACCCUCGGCAGAAAAAGAUAUUAG